AGAGAAUUCGCGAGUCUCUGGGUGAGCAGAGCGCGUCUGAGUGAAAUUGGAAACAAAACAAGGUCUUGUGGUCGAUUCAAAACAGAAAACAGGACCUGGCUAUGGCUACUUCUAUACUUGGGGAAGAACCACGAUUCGGAACUACCCCUUUGGCUAUGCUGGCUGCUACAUGCAACAAAAUUGGUAACACCAGUCCUCUCACCACAUUACCUGAUUCCAGCGCUUUCUCGAAAGGUGGAUUUCACCCUUGGAAAAGAUCGUCCUCUAGCUGUAAUUUGGGAACAGGUCUGCCCGGUUUCACCGUGGCAACGAGUAGGGGAUCGACAGGACUAACCUCGACAGCUGGCACGGGCAACAGCGCGUUCUGCCUGGCAUCCACGUCCCCUACGUCCUCGGCGUUUUCUACUGAUUACAGCAGUUUGUUCUCGAACUCGGCCAGCGUUGCAUCGCAAGAGUCGGGACAGUCGGCUUUCAUAUCCAAAGUUCACACAUCAGCAGAGAGUCUCUAUCCGAGGGUGGGCAUGGCGCACCCCUACGAGUCGUGGUACAAGUCAGGCUUUCACUCGACCAUCUCGAGUGAAGUGGCAAACGGAGCGUCCCCAUGGUGGGACGUCCAUACCAAUCCCAGUUGGCUAGAAGUGCAGAAUCCCGCCAGCUCUCUGCAGACCUCAUUGCACUCGGGGACUCCACAAGCCAUACAUUCUCAACUGAGUGGUUACAACCCCGAUUUCUCUACCCUGACGCACUCUGCGUUCAGCUCCACCGGUAUAAGUCCCUCUGCCUCUCAUCUCCUGUCCACGGGCCAGCAUCUGUUGACACAAGAUGGUUUCAAAACAGUCAUACCCACUUACACGGACACGUCUGCCGCAAAUGCCAUGAUAUCAGGUACAAGUUCUACGAUAGGAAGUUCAUCACGGUCGUCUAGGAGAUACUCCGGCAGGGCGACAUGCGACUGCCCCAACUGUCAGGAGGCAGAGCGGCUUGGGCCUGCAGGGGCCAGCCUCCGCAGAAAGGGACUCCACAGCUGUCACAUUCCGGGUUGUGGCAAAGUAUAUGGGAAAACGUCGCACCUCAAAGCUCAUCUCAGAUGGCACACGGGUGAGAGACCUUUUGUCUGUAACUGGUUAUUUUGUGGUAAGCGCUUUACCAGAUCUGAUGAACUCCAGAGGCACCUUCGUACCCACACGGGGGAAAAAAGGUUUGCCUGCCCCGUAUGCAACAAGCGCUUCAUGAGAAGCGACCACCUGAGCAAACACAUUAAAACGCACACCGCAGGCGGAGGAGGUAAAAAAGGAAGCGAUAGUGACACCGACACCAGUAACCUCGAGACACCCAGGUCCGAGUCCCCGGAACUUCUUUUGGAAGGAGUCAACCCUAACAGGGUCAAGGACCCCUCUCCUCAUCACGAGUCCUAGACUGAAUUCCAUCGCUAUAUAAUAUCAGAAUGACCUCUGUAUAGUGACAAAAAUCAGCUCAUUUAGGUAACAAGUGAGAUUUGAGAUUGUGAAACACUGCUAAACAGGGAUCAAGUGUCCGCACUUUGAGAGAACAGUCAUUAAUUUAGUUUAAACUAAAAACGAAUUCAACUCUGAUUAGUAUUUUAUCUUCUAAAUAUGAAACAGCUGAUCUCCAAUUACACUUCUGCUUUUUUCCUGGAUUCAAGCUGACAAGUGUUUUGACAAAAGACAUUUUUAAAGGAUCCGUGCGCAAAGAGGAAACCCAAAAGAAUUUGACUGGAACAUUUGCGUCGAAUUUUCCAUGUACAUAUGUGGACAACAAAUGACAUGUUAUUUUUCUUGUAAAUGUUAUGGUUGUUUUGUCCGUGGUGGAUCCUGAAAUUCAGGGAGUUUUCUUUACUUUCGACGCACUUUGUGGAUGUCAGUAUGUAUGUACACAGCUAUUUAAAUAUUCAGUUACCCACUUUCCUUUCCUCGCGAAAAUAUAAAUGUUUAAUUGUAUAAAG